UUUUAUUUCUAGAUGGUAUAAAGUGAGUGCUCGUAGACUCUAGCGUGCUAUUUCGCUAUUGAAACUGAAUGUUACGAUGUGCCUUCUGUCGUUCGACGCUGCGGCAAAAGUAAACACGCACACGCCGACUAUUCCCACUACCCAUGAGAGCAGGUUUAGAGCAUACCCACACUUAAGUAGUUAGUUUUGGAGCGAAGCAGUUUUGAAAUUUCAAUUACACCUGUGCGAGCAGCUGAAGUGAACGUGUGUGCUGGACGCAAAUAAGCUAAUUUACCACAUGCAACUAUUUAUACACGAAUACACAUAAUAAAAGUGUUUUUUUUUUUAAAUUGCUGUGUAAAGUAUUCACUAAAAAUGUAAACGAGUAAAAGCAACACGAAUCGUAAGAAAUAAUAUAAGUUAACAAGUGAAGCGGCAUACAUUUGUACUUAUUUACAAAUAUGUACAAAUACAUACAUAUAUAAGAGAUUUCAGCAGUUGUUUGCCAAUUUCAGUGCAUAUUUUGUUAGUGUGUUCGCAUAAUCAGUGCUUUAACGACCAGCUGCUUCAACGCUGCACUGCAUGCCCAGGUCCGCUGUUGCUUUUAUUACAGUGGAGUACCUUUCAUGUGUUGUGUUGCUGCCGUUUCACCCGGUAAAGUUCGUUGGUGACUAUAAAUACUUUAAAUGUGCAAUAAAACUUAAAAAGUUUCUAAACAAUUUUACACACAACUGUUUUCUUUUGUAAAUGUCAUGGAGUGUUUUAAUAGAACUUUGUAAAAGUCAUCAAAAAGUAUUGACGUAAAAUAUUUCUUCGUAUGCUACGCGAAAGCGAAAGCAAAUAAAUCGCUGAGGAAGCGGAAAGGGGAAACAUACAAAACAGCAAUUUUAUGCAAAAACAAAAGACCAAAAUUACAAAACAGACGUAGCAAAAAUUUAUAUAACAACGUGUCGUACCAACAGACGAGUAAAAAAAUUUCGUAAAAUAGUAAAUAUGAAUCGAAUUUACCAGUUCUUCCGUCACAAUCACGUCCUGGCCAUAUGCGAGGAUGCCAUUGAUAAUAAAUCGUUUACGUUGAAUUUGUCACGUUUCGAGAUGCCUGAUGUGCCUGAUUUGGUGGAAAAGUGUCCAAUACUGCUGAAACUCUUCCUGAAUCACAACCAUUUGACCAAGUUGCCACCCAUUAUUGCCAAUUUGUCACGCCUGCAGGUGUUAACACUGGACUACAAUCGUUUGGAUGCCUUCCCAAUCGUCAUUUGUCAACUGACUAAUCUGCGUAUACUUAAUCUUAGUUGUAAUGAAAUCGAUAAACUGCCACCGGAAAUCGGUCAUCUAACGCAAUUAGAAACAUUUUGGUGCAAUAAUACGGGUUUAUUAGAAGUUCCCGAAGAGAUCGGCAACUGCCAACGGCUCGAGACGUUGGGCGCACGUGGCAAUAAAUUGACAAGUUUACCAAACAGUAUGGGCUUGCUGACGAAUUUACGUUGGCUCACAUUCGAAUCGAAUGAAUUGACUGAAGUACCCGCCACACUCGGUGCACUCACCAAGCUGGUGCAUCUGAAUUUCAAGAGUAAUCUACUCACUCAAGUACCCGCUUGCCUGCGUCAAAUGCGUAAAUUGCAAUUUGUUUUUCUUAAUAACAAUCGCAUAACGACAAUGCCUGCACAGGAAGAUCUCUUUAGCACACGAUUUGUGCGUGUGCUGAAUCUGUGUGAGAACCCAUUAUGCAACGAGGAGGAAACGCGCCAAUUGCUUAGAGAGCAUAUGCACAUUCAAUGUGAAGAGCGCUUCGAUGUGGGUGGACAACAGCGUCCUGCAACGCGCAAUAAUGAGCAAAGUGAGGAUGAAGACGAAGACGAGGGUGAUGUAAAUUCUGAUUGGGAGAAUAGCAUAGCAACUAGUGACUUGGAUACAACAGAUGAGAGUGGUCCCGAAAAUGACUUAGAGGAUAUUUCCAUGCUUAUACCAGAACUCUCGCGCUAUAUAACGAAUUUUACAUGAACGAAGCGCAUUAUGGACUUGAGCGUAUUUUUGUUAGCUGUGCUCUCAAACAUACAUAUAUACAGACAUAUCUAAAAAUAUAUUUAUGUGACUUAAUAUUGGUAUUGAAAAUAUGUGAUAACUUCUAAACCUUUAAACUUAUACAAAACAA